GGGAAAGAGAAAAAAGAAAAGAUGAGAAGUUUGAUGAUUUGAAACGAUUUAUCUUUGUCAUGCAUGUUCUUGGAAAGGCAGUGAAAUUAUUUAAAAUGUAUUUCUUAUUGAUAUUUCGCAAAUCAAAUAACAAAAUGGACAAAUAUAAUGAAUCGAAUAAUACGCCGAUUGCCGAUAUAUUAUGAUAAACCACGAUGGACACACGUAUGAAAUGAAAGAUGGGGGGGGGGAAGCGAAAGACUAGAGAAACGAAAGUAGAGGGAGGUGUGCGUGGCGUGUUUAGCCCUUUGUAAUGGGGUGGGUGUCCGAAGUGACACCGCGUACGCCCCUGUCGAAUGACGCCCCAGCCAGCUGCAACUAACUCUAGCCAGCUCGGUUGGCGAGCAGCUACACGAACCAGUACGAACCACAGCCGACCACCAAUCGGCGAGGCCGUGCCGUCGUGACGAACAUACGGCGACGUUGCCAUCUCGCGCACCGCCCAUUGGCCCCACGAGUAUGUACAUAGUACAUACGUGCGUCCGCGUAGUCUCGACUCCCAUUACGACAGUAUUUGUUAGUAUUCGUUGUAACGUUUCCGCGAACGUGAAUAAAUGACUAAACGGAUAGUGUAGUGGAUGUGGAGUAUAUGAUGCAUGUAUCGGUAGAUUGUACGAUAGUUUGACAAAUCGCAUGAAUCGUCGCAUUGCUUUUUAUCGACUCCCCUCGGCCAGCGAUACACUGUGCGCGCUGUUUAACAUAAUUUCUGUUCAUUUACACGCGGAGAGCGGUAUCGUCAAAACUCGGUGCAAUUGUCCCAUGAUGUAAAUAGCAAUUUUUAAGCGGCUAAUAUAUCGUACAUAUCCUGCUCGAUCGCGUAUCGAUCAACGCAAAAUGCAGCCACUAUUAAUGGUCAUUGUAGUAUAGUGCGCGGGCGCAAUACUACGGCACAGUAACGCGCGUGGCACGUGCGUACGUGUGUACAUGUAAUUUUUUUUUCUUUUUUUUUCUCUUUCAUAUAUGUGACUUUGUACGCGCCUUGUAUCGGUACGAGAAUGUACGAGAGCUCUUGUGAAUAAUGCUUCUCUAUUUGGUUAUACAAACGUUUGCAUAUGCAAACGGCACGAUAACGCGCGAAACGCACGAUAACGAGUACAGUUCCGUUUUGCAUCGAGUUGUAUCAAGUGGGUUUUUCAGUGGUUGAUCAGCGUAUUUUCUUGAUUGAAAAAGCGACGCACAUGUUUUCGCAUAACUACUAACGGUACGAAUCGGACUAGUAGCAACAACGCAACGCAACGCGGUGGCGUUGGCAUUUGGCGUUGGCAGUUGGCAGUUAGCGUUGGCGUUGGCGUUGGCGUUGGCGUUAGCGUUGGCUUUGGCGUUGACGUUGGCGUUGGCGUUGGCGUUGGCGUUGUCGUAACAUUAGCAGUGAACAUUGGAACGAUUCUUUCUUUGUGAUUACAAGAAAAUUGCCAAUAUACAUAGUUGUGUAUUUAUUGCAUUAUGGAUUCCUAGCACAACUUGGCGAAAUGGCAUCAAAUCUAUUCUUAUAAAUUUUUUAUAGUGCAAAACACACAAUCCUUCAUCAUGAAACGAAGUCUAGAUGGAAGGAACAUUUCACAAGAAGAAAUCGAAGAGCAUGAUCCUUUGCAAUCACAGUCGCAGCAACAAGACGAAGUAGACCAACAACAGUUAGAACAGCAACAGCAGCAGCAAACUGCCCAGUCGCAAAUCCGUUUCUUAAACGCAAAUGUAUUACAACAAUUGCAACAGCAAGAUGUUCAACAACAAACUCAACAGCAGCAGCCGCCGCAAGUUAUUACCCUGCAGAACUUCAUGCCUUUACAAACUCAACAAUCGCAACACGAUCAACAGAGAGCGCAAACUAUCUCUGUUCAAUCGUUACCUCAUCAAUUCUUGCAAAGUGCUCAAAUUAUUAGCGCUCAGGCACAAACAGCUCUUCAACAACAACAGCAACAAAGUCAUCAACAAUCGCAGCAGCAACAACACACCCAACAACAGCAGCAGCAACAACCACAACAACAGCUUAGUUAUAGUGUAAUACCACAAAUGCAGACUGUCAAUAUAGAUGGUCAGGAAGCUCUAUUUAUUCCAUCCUCGGCAAUGUCUGCGGCAGGCGGUCAUCACCAAACACAACCAACAAUGCAAUUUGCUACCGCAAAUGGUCAGCAAAUGCAACUUGCCGGUCAGCAAGUGCAACUAGCGAACGGCCAGACCAUUAUUACGCCACAACCAGUUAGUCUCAUAAGAGCACCCAAUGUCUUUCCCACUUCGAUUAUACAAAAUAUUACGGGACAAACGGUACAACUGCCGACAGGUCAAAAUGUACAAGUAAGACCACUUCAAUUUCCUAUGCAGCAUGUUCAGCAAACAGUCCCUGUGCAAGUACCAGUCACUGCCAACAAUGGACAAACUGUUUAUCAAACUGUACACUUUCCUGUUCAAGCUUUAUCCAGCGUUUUAAAUAUGCCCACGACACAAAUGAUACCUCAAAUCAUGCAACAAAUACCUCAAGUAGCACAGAUAAUUACGCCAAGUGGUCAAAUCCAGCAAGUGCAAAUUACAAACUUGCCACAAUUACAAAGUCUUCAGAGUCAACAAGUAACACAAGUAGCUCAGCAAGUUGCGCAUCAACAAGCGCAGCAGCAAGUUGUUCAACAACAAACUCAACAACAAGUAGUGCAAUCUGUUCAACAACAACAAGUCGCUCAGGCUCAAGUACAACAGCAGCAACAGCAACAAGUACAACAAGUAGUACAGCAGGUAAUACAGCAGCAACAGCAACCACAAUCAUCGCAACAGCAGCAACAACAGCAGCCACAACAGCAACAACAGAUACAACAAUCUUCUGCUCCGUCGUCGACAGUGGCGACUUGGAGCACAACAGUUGCCACUCCUAGCAAUGUUCAGGUUCUCGGCAUAAGUGCAUUAGGAAGAAGUAUAACAGGAAAUACCAAUGUUAUUACUACAAAAGAUGGUCAGAAGAUCGAUGUGCAAACGUUAUCUACUCUAACAAGGCCACCGGAAACGGUAGAUGGUGAUAUUAAAGUAACAAAUAUCGAUGCAAGUCAACUAGCCGGUGGACAAGUAAUACAUAUCCCUGCUGCACAGUCGGCUCAACCUACAAUGCAACCUAUUACAAUUACAGGAGCGCAAGGACAACAAUUAACGCUUAUUCCUGCAUCUGCAUUAGCGAAUUUAACUGCGCAGCAAGGUAACAUGAUGAGGAGCGUAAGCAACGGAAGUAUAAUGCAAAUUCAGCCAGCCGCUGGAAUAAACGCAACCAAUUUUUUACAAUCGAUACCUGUACAAAAUAUCCCAGGUUUAGGCAAUGUACAAGUAAUACCAGCAAGCGCAUUACAACCCGUACCAACUGCUACAGUUCAAACGUUACCCGCUACCACGGCUACACCUAUUGUUGCGGCUGCACCAACAGUACAACUCGAUUCAAAUGAUCCUACCAAAUGGCAGAUUCUCCAAACUCUUCAAUCGAAUGGAACUUUGACAACAUCUGCUUCUCCUAUGUCUCACCAGCAUCAGGUAUCCAACGCGGCAAAUUCCAAUACUGACACCGAUACUAACAAGCAGCAUCGUAGAAGAGUCGCGUGCACAUGUCCCAAUUGCGGCGACGGAGACAGAAAUAGAGAUAUGAGCAGAAAGCGACAACAUAUAUGCCACAUUGCCGGCUGCAAUAAAGUAUAUGGUAAAACAAGCCAUUUGCGUGCUCACUUACGUUGGCAUACCGGCGAACGACCAUUCGUCUGCAGUUGGAUAUUUUGCGGUAAAAAAUUUACCAGAUCCGACGAACUUCAAAGGCAUCGUAGAACUCACACUGGUGAAAAACGUUUUCAAUGUCCAGAAUGUACUAAGAAAUUUAUGCGGUCUGAUCAUUUAACGAAACACAUCAAAACACACACGAAAAUACGGAGCACAGAAGCUGCUACUUCGACACAGGAAGGUUCUUCUGACAGCCAAUCUUCCACCGAGCAGAAAAUUAUUAUAGCAGUGCACAAGGAGACGGAACCAUCUGAAAUUGUUAUCUCGGAACAAAUGGAAAGCAUGAAAACCGAAUCAACGAAUCACAUAACAAAUGAAUAAAAAAUUCUGUCAUAUGCUGGAUAAUAUCGAUAUCACUGAUAAUAGAAUAUAAAUCAAUUUGUUGCUGCUGAUGACGAUGUCGACCAUGCACGAUUCCAGGAUUUUUAUCUUAUUUCAAGACUCAUACAAAAUAAAAAAAAAGAAAGAAAAGGAAAAUCAUAUUUAUUAGAGAUGCUAAAGCUUGAUCAUCAAUGAUAUCAAGUAGAUUUUAAUGUCUGAAAUUUUAGAAAAAAGUUGGAUAACAUUGUAUGUAUGCAUAUAUGUACAAGUACAUUAUAUAAAUAAUCGAAAUUAAUACUGUAUUAUGAUCACAGACAAAUAUGGGCCGGAGUUCAUCUGCUCCAUAUAAGAAUAAUAUGGUAAUAAUAUAGUAAUGGAUUUAUAGGUAUAAUAACAAUAUGUAACAUAAAAUUUAUUUUUUAUGCCGUCACAUGUGUAUAUGUAAAUAAAUAAAUAAAUAAAUAUAUAUAUAUAUAUAUAUAUAUAUAUAUAUAUGUAUGUAUGUAUGUAUGUAUGUAUGUAUGUAUGUAUAUAUAAUGUAAAUCAAUGUAUAUAAUUUUGCACGAGAAAGUUUUACAUUUGUAAACAUCUUUUGAUAUUAUAAAAAAUGCAAGUAUUUAGCUUUUUUCUCCUUUAAUUUAUCGAAUUACUUUAAACCAAGCAGCCGCUUCGUAAUAUUUCACGAGCUAUAAAUACAAAUUUAAUCUUGAAAGACUUUUGUCCGAAUUCGAGUUGAUAUUUGUGUAUAUAGAUCAUAAGUGAUGUAGCUGUUUAAAAUAAAGUUUUUGAAAUA